GUCGACAUGAGGGCCGCCGGGUAUGUCCACCCGGGUGUGGAUAUGGGCGUGGGGCACUUUGGGUGGGAGCGGAGCGGAGGCUAAGGCCACCAAGCCCCGCGCCUCUGGCCGGGUGUGUGUAGAAGGAGCGGGUUAAAAAGGAGGCUCCCUCCGCCCCGCGACACUCAGAGUUGCCCGCACGCCCUGGGUGUUUCCCUGCCCUGUAGCCAGGGUGCCAGCCAGGGAGUAGUUUCGUUUCCUUCUGGCUCUGACACUAGUUUUCAGGCACCCUCUCGGACACCGGGGGCCCGGGAAAGGGGCGAAGAAGGACGAGGGAGGCUCCUCUAGGGGCUGUCUGGCCCCGCAGAGAGGGGUUGAUGGACCUGGCCACCCCGGCCAGCGGCGCACGCUCCCUACCACUUCUCCUGGCCCUUGCCCUGGGGCUAGUGAUCUUCCACUGUGUUGUGGCUAAUGGGAAUUCAACAAGGAGUCCAGAAACAAAUGGCCUUCCCUGCGGAUAUGCUGGAGAAAAUUGCACAGCUACCACCGUGCAGCCUAAACGGAAAGGGCACUUUGCUCGCUGUCCCAAGCAAUACAAGCAUUACUGUAUCAAAGGACGAUGUCGCUUCGUGGUGGCUGAGCAGACCCCCUCAUGUGUCUGUGAUGAAGGCUACACGGGGGCGAGGUGUGAGCGCGUUGACUUGUUUUACCUCCGAGAAGACAGACGGCAGAUCCUGGUGAUCUGUUUGAUAGCAGUGAUGGUCGUUUUCAUCAUCUUGGUCAUCGGUGUCUGCACAUGCUGCCAUCCUCUUCGGAGAAAUCGUAAAAGAAGAAAGAAGGAAGAAGAAAUAGCAACUCUGGGCAAGGAUAUAACUGCUAGAAAUGAAGAUAUUGAAGAGACUAACAUUACUUAGUACUUAGGAAGUUUUCUCCAAUCUGACGGCAAAGCUGCAAAUGCCUUGCUCAACUGAACGUGGACAGAACCAUGUCUCAGGAAAACAGCCAGCAGAAAGGGAUUUUAAAUAAUGUAUUAGCUUUUUAUUUGUAACUUUAGUUUGUGGAAUUUUAAAUAAUAUAUUUACUUUUUACUUGUAAUUUUAGCAUGUGUUGUUACUGCUUUUUGAUAAUAAAAAUAACAUUAUUAUUGUAUAUUAAUUGAGAAAAAGCACUCGGUUAGAUGGUAGCUAUAAUAAGGGAAAUAGCAGCGAACCUCCACAUCAAUCACCAAGAUUGCUAGUCAGGCAAAGAAAAAAAAAAAAGAUAUGAGAAACAGUAUGCACCUGAACAUUUGAAUGAAGGAUGAAAUGACCACUUAUUGAAAAUGUAGUAUAUGUUCAAAGUUUCAAAUGUAUUAUUUCAUAUAUACUAUUUCAUUCAUCCUCCUAGUUGCUCAUAUGAUAUAUAUGAUGGUCUUUAUUUCCCAGGUAGGAA